UAUCCUGCUUGUGAAUCUCACAUGACUUAUCAUCUUGUCUAUGAAGUGAAUAUGUGCAGGAUUUGAAGUCACUCCCUUAGUCGGGGACGGGGCUGAAUCUUUGCCUUUGCUACACGUGCCAAACACUGCUGGAUGAGCCCAGUCUCUGCUAAUCUGCUUUAAGAAGCAAUGCACUUCUGUUAAUGACUCCCACUGAUUACACAAAUUAUCCCUCAAUAAGCGGCUCCACUCCACAUGCUGCACCCACUGCCUCUCCACAGUGAACCCUACUGAGCUUUGUUUAUAACCCAAGAGAGAGAGAGAGAGAGAAGAUGCUUUUUAACAUCACUGCUGGAUAGGACUCCUAUAAUCAUGCACCUGAACUAAACUAAACUCUCCUCCUUCGUCUUCCUCACACUUGUGGCUCUAUGGACCAUGACAAGAGAAGUUCCUUAAUCUUUGGAUCUGGGCCAAGCAGGACAAGGGGGUCUGGAUAAUAAGCAGAAAGGCUGCACAGACAAUUCUCCAUAUUCCUGUUGCAUCAAAGGAAGAUCCAGUGAGCGAUGGCUUUCCCUUCUUGGUUCCGAUGGAGCGAUUCUCAAUUACGGCUUCCCUCGCGGAACCCCAAUGAUAUGGUAGUGGACACACUCAUGAUGGAGCUGGGCUGGCAAAUAAAACAGGCAGAGAGUCUACAGCGGGAUAAAGAAAACGAGUAUCGGAAGAUUAAGACGGGAGUGGAUUACAGCUGGUUGGUCAGUUACCCCAAGCACAGCUUCGAUAUCAGCCCUGGGGAAAGACUGCAACUGGAGGAUGCCUGCAGCAAGGUGCACCCGUCAUACUGCGGCCCAAUCAUUCACAGGUUCAGGCAGAUUGUAGCAGAAUAUGACCCAGAUGUCAAAGAAGUCCCUCACCUGUUUCGGUCAGUCCUGCAAGAAGCGGCUGAGAAAAUGAAAGAGGAAGACGAGGUCAAGAAACUGGCCAGGCAAUGGACCACGAAGAGAGCCAUGAGCAUGUCACUCAGCAACUUCAAGUCCCGAGCCCGAAUCUAUCCUUUCAUGAGUGACAUUAAGACCAUUUCCGAGGAUGUUGAGAGAGAAGCUGAACCCACCCGUAGAGUAUGGAGCUUGCCGGAGUUCCGUACCACCAAAGAUGACUAAAUUGAACCCAAUAAAUCGAAUCUGCAAACCAACAAACCGCAACUAUUUUGACCUUUAUUACCCUUAUGAGGAUUAAACCAAUCAAUUUUUAUUGUCAUUUAAUGAUAAUUUUCAUUUGACGCUCGCAACAUCCUUGCAAACAAUGUGCUUGUCUGACCUGUGUAUGGGAACCUGCAGGCCAUAUAUGCCUUUCACUUCUAUGGCCAAUCACCUUGUGUUUUUUUUAUAAACAUCUGACUUUGUUAGAUAUCUCCUGUUAAUUACUCAGUCUGUACCAAAUGCCCAUAUGAAGAGGGCAUGAGACUGACACAAGGCAUGGAGACCACUAGCCUUUGCUAUCCAAUCAGAUGUGUAUUAUGGAUGUUCCUCCUAAUGAUACAGAGGGAGUACAACAAAGUUUUUAUUUGCAUAGGAGUUUUGUAAUCAGUUUAGAGUUGUGUUCUUGGGAACUGUUUUAUUGGCAUGAUUUCUAUCCUGACUGUACAGUUUAUAUUAUAUAGCUACAACUCACUCCAUCAACUCUAGGCCCAGAUUUGGGGUAGAUAUGGCAUUUUUUGGGCCCAGGGAUGGAUGGGUUUCGGACAGACUAUUUGAUUAUUUUGCCCAAGGGCAGUAACCUAUGGCUGUUUUGUAGAGCGCAGUAGGAACUGGUGAUUUAGGUUUGACAUACAAAAUUUCAGUAGUUUCAAUUUGGGGACAAUUUUUCUACGUUUAGAACAGAAGAAUUGGAUCAGAAUGAUGAGAUUUGUAAGAUUAUAUGUCUAAUAUUUCUGUAUCUUGUAACUUGGCACAACUUUAUAUAAAUAAUAAACAACGGAGAGUGCAACCUG